AAUACACUCACGGAGGUGUAUCAGACUGGCACCAGGGGCCCCUGUGCUCCAAUCUUCUGUCUCUUUGCCCAAGGCACCUGAAACCCAGGAGCUCUUCAGUAGGCCAGGCACUAAGCAGGGCAGAUUGGGCCCUUGACCACCACCCAGAAAGGUCUUUCUCAGGGCAGCCCCAGGGUUGCCCCAGCUGGCCCUUGAUCUAUCCACUCUUGAGAGAAAUGUCCAUGCCUGCAGCAGGGAGCUGGCCUCGAGCCCCCCAGGCUCCUGGUAAUCCCCACCACGAACAAGAAGCAGUGUCCCCACAGGUCUUCCUGGGAGCUGGGUGCACUGUUCUCUUCUCCAGCCUCCUGCUGGGCUGUGGAUUCUGUUGGCGGUGGAGACAGUCACCGGCCAACCUGCCCACCCCAGCCAUGGUUCAGGUCUGGAAAGCUGUGGCCCGUUCAGAACCCCUGGCCGUGUCUGUCCAGCCUCACUACCAGUCCCUCGAGGCCUGGGAGCCUCCUUCCCAGAGCCCCAUGGCCCAGGUCUCUUCCUCUCCACAACCCCCUGAACCUCCUAAUUUCCUGUCCAUAUCCAAGAAGAAGCAGAGAAAGCCCAUGGCCAGAGUCAGCUCCCUGGAGUGGCCCAGAUCCCUCUCAGCCUCCCGCAGCCUCCCUGGUCACUCCCAGCCUCGUCUCAGCUUCUCCCUGGGUUAUUCACCAGUGGAGGAGGAGCUGAUUGUGACAGGCAUCCGAGCAUCGGAGCUACCGCAGGGUUCCCUGCCUGGCCGAGGAUGCUACGUCAAGUUGUACCUGGUCCCAAGCAGGACUGGUCACCAAAAAACAGCCCUGCAGCCUCCUGGCCCUACUGUGGAGUUCCAUGAGAGGUUCAGCUUCCAAGGCUGCACCCCACAGGUUGUGAGGGCACAGGCUCUGCAGAUGGCUGUCUACAGCCGGGAUUUCCCUGGGCUCAGAAACAACUUUGUGGCUGAAGUAUUCUUUCCCUGUGCCCAGGUGGCCUCAGAUUCUCUCUCUGGCUGCCUGGUCAGCUACACCCGGGAGCUGUCCACCAUCAAGAGCAAAAUGCAAAAGAGCCACAGCUCUCAGGACCUGCUGGUACCAGGCCUCAGGACUCCCUGGAUGGGGUCCCACGGCCAGCUCUUCCUCCUUCUUCAGUAUCAAGCUACUGCCCAUCGCAUCAAGGUGCUGGUCCGCAAAGCAGAAAACUUGCACAGCCUGGGCCAACUGCCAGGACACCGGGAGCACUCUGUGGUGAUUGGCCUGUACCAGGAUGGCCAGCUGCUGGACUCCCGGGAGACUCAGGCCAUUGUGGGACGCAGCCCAGUGUGGAAUGCUCCCUUCCUCUUCAGCCUUCCUGCUGGAGACCUCCAUGAGCAGAGCCUCUUCUUCCAGUUCACUGUCAUGCAGAGGCACCUGCUGACCCGAACUGUCACCCUGGGUUGGGUCCAAAUUGGUCCAGAAGCCCCAGCAGCUGGGCGUGCACAUUGGUGGGACAUGUACCAGCACAGCCUCCAGGAAUCUGCCCAGUGGCACCCCCUCUGCCCAGGAAAGCCAGAUCCCCCCCGGGCAGCAGCCUCUGGAUCUGGGACAAGAAACAGCUGAUGCUGAAGAAGGCCCCAAAACAGGAGAGGCUGGCCAGAAGUAGCAAGGGAUAAAGGACAGAGGCGCCUCCUCCAAGCCUCUGAUCAGUACCUCAGCUGCUUCAUCUGUCUAAUGGAUGCUCUGCCCUACUCUGCCUAUAUCACUGGAGCUGAGGAUACAAUAGGAAAAUGAAUGCCAAGACACAAGGCUAGGCACAUGUAAAGUCCUCAGUAAAUCUUUCCUAAUGGAUUGAUUGGGUAUAAUCAACUCUCUGAGCUGGAGGGCUAAGGAGUUGAGGGUUUUCCCUACUUUAGAGGCCUCAUAAGAUGAUUGUAGGGAAAACACUUAGUAAACGAUUAGACCGAACUUAAAACCUUUAUAAGUCCCACCUUCUGCCAGACACCUUUCUGGGUCCACUGCUUCUGUCUUCCCCCUCUUCCUUCCUCCUACCUUCUGUCUACUCUUUGUAGGCACCUAGUCACUUAGGAAUUCUCUCCUGUAUUAGACUGUAAGCUCUUUGAGGGCAGGGACCAUGUUUUUGCCUCUUUUGUAGUCCCAGCAUUUAGUAGAGUGCCCAGCACAUAGUAAGUGAUUAGUAUUCAUUAAUAUUAAUUGUUGACCCACUAAAUAACUGUAAAUCUAAAACCACUUCAAAAACCUUAAGAUGUGAAUUAUUAGUCAAUCUCUAUUAAUUUCCAUAUACCAUCCGGACAUUAUCUUGGUACCUUCAGUCUUUCUGUUCCAGGUUACCUUCUUCCUUCAGCCAAUCCUCAAUCCUCCUGUUCCCAAGCCCAGCACUUAGGAGGGGAAGAGGAAUUAGCUUUCCUCCAUGGCCCAAAGGCUACCAUUAGGCAUCAUGGAUGGAAUUCACAAACAGAUUUAGUUUCAUCUUCCAGGAAAACUUUUUUUUUUGUUUGGUUGGGUUUUUUUACCUAGCUAUUUUUUAUUUUUUAAA